UGAGGGAAUGAGAGAAAGAGGGAGUGUGUGUGAGGGAGAGAGAGGGAGAGUACUCCCAGCGCAGUCUGAUCAGUGUUUCAGUCUGCUUCUUGCUAUGUGGAUUACAGCUCCCACUGCUUACUGGAUUGCCAUUCCCAUUACUGGAAACUUACAUUGAACAAGCACAGGAGGAUUUCUAUUGGAGCGUUGUGGUGUUUUGACAGUAAAUUUGGACUAGAUGAAUAUUGAGAUGAACGGUCGCGUCCUGCCACCGUCGAUACCUGAGGAUGGGGAAGCGCCGGACCAUGUCUCUCAUGGGGAGAGGAACGGUUACCACCAGAGGCUUCGGGGCGGUGACGGAGGAGAGACUGAUGAUGAGGUCCCGGUGUCCAAGUCCCAGAGACGAAAGAGUGAUGUCAAAGUUUAUAAGGAGUUUUGUGAUUUCUAUGCUCGCUUCAACAUGGCCAAUGCUCUGGCCAAUGCCAUGUGUGAGCGCUGCAAGAGUGGUUUUGCCCCGGCUGAGAAGAUAGUGAACAGCAAUGGGGAACUGUACCACGAGCAGUGCUUUGUGUGCGCCCAGUGCUUCCAACAGUUCCCAGAGGGGCUCUUCUAUGAGUUUGAAGGCAGGAAAUACUGUGAACAUGACUUCCAGAUGCUGUUCGCUCCCUGCUGCCACCAGUGUGGUGAGUUCAUCAUUGGCCGCGUGAUCAAGGCUAUGAACAACAGUUGGCAUCCAGACUGUUUCUGCUGUGAUAUCUGCCAGACUGUGCUCGCUGAUGUUGGAUUUGUUAAGAAUGCUGGAAGGCACCUGUGUCGUCCAUGUCACAACCGAGAGAAAGCUCGGGGACUCGGCAAGUACAUCUGUCAGAAGUGUCACGCCAUCAUUGAGGAGCAGCCUCUCCUGUUCAAGAACGACCCGUACCACCCUGAUCACUUCAACUGUAACAACUGCGGUAAGGAGCUGACGGCCGAUGCCAGGGAGCUGAAGGGGGAGCUCUACUGUCUGCCCUGCCACGACAAGAUGGGGGUCCCCAUCUGCGGGGCCUGUAGGAGACCCAUUGAGGGCCGUGUGGUCAAUGCCAUGGGCAAGCAGUGGCAUGUGGAGCAUCAUGUAUGCGCUGUGUGUGAGCGCCCGUUUCAGGGCCACCCGUUUUUUGAGCGCGGUGGUCGUGCCUAUUGUGAGAGACACUUUGACAUGCUGUUUGGAGAUGUUUGCUACCACUGCAACCGUGUUAUUGAAGGAGAUGUGGUGUCGGCCCUCAACAAGGCCUGGUGUGUCAACUGUUUCGCCUGCUCUACCUGCAACACCAAGCUCACCCUCAAGAACAAGUUUGUGGAGUUUGACAUGAAGCCGGUGUGCAAGAAGUGCUACGAGAAGUUCCCUCUGGAGCUGAAGAAGAGGCUGAAGAAGCUGUCGGAAACCGUCGCCCGGAAGUAAACAACACACAGCUGAGCAGCUGAGGGAGAAACAGAUGAGACCCCGAGUAGUCACAUUUCCAGAAUUGACAAUCGUAUAAGAUAGCAUUUGUGUGUUUUAUAUAAUUGGUAUGUUACAUUUAGGUUCAGCUUUUUCAGUUACAGAGGAUCAUUUCAUGAGCCUGAAACUGACACGACAGGCAGAUUGUUGGUCGGUCAGUCAGUAGGUUUAAAACUAACCUGUUCAGUGCCUUUUCCUCAAACACUGCACUGUAUACUUCUCACAUGCUUGCCUUAUUUUACUAUAUGCAUUAAACUUAAACACAGAUGAUGAUGGUCCUGUAUUUCAAAACGAUAUAUGAGCUGUAAGAGAAACAUGAGAAUGAUAAAAUGCGUGUUGACAGGCCGUUCAUCUGCUCACCAACUUGUCUCAUGAUGCCAAGCCACAUGUCCUCUGUUUGACUUACUGAUACUCUCGUAUAAUAACAGAGUAAACCCAAAGAAAGAUGAGCUAAAUGCAGCUUGAAUGUGUAUAUAGUAUCUCUAAUAUUUCCUAUUUUCCACCAACAUGUAUUAUUUUUGUGGGUUAUUAAUGUGUAUUUUCUUUAAUAUUAUGCAAAACAUUUGUUUGUGUUUAGCUUUAUAAAGUUAGAAUUUCUUUUUGCA